GUAGAUGUCCUCAGCAUGCUAUGUUUCAAGUGAAUAGCUAAUGUAAUAAUCGAUCUAAUCCAACAGUGAAUUUGGCUGAUGAAGUCAAUAUAGUGGAAUAAAAACAACGCCUAGUCUUUUUCACUGCAACUUCAAAGGAAGCAAGACAAUGUUGUCGAAACUAGCACUGGAUACCUGAGGCUGUGAAUUGGACUUUAGUACUCGGCCUCCCAGCGACAGUGACCCGGUCCCACCAUGAGCAGCAGCUACAGCGUGUCCUUGAUUGGACCUUCCCCAUGGGGCUUCAGACUUCAGGGUGGCAAGGACUUCAGCAUGCCUCUCACCAUCUCCAAACUGACAGAUGGAGGAAAGGCAGCUAAAGCCAAGAUCAGCGUCGGGGACGUUGUGUUGUCUAUCGAUGGCAUCGCCACGGAGGGAAUGACCCACCUGGAAGCCCAGAACAAAAUCAAAGCCUGUACGGGGAACCUGAACCUCUCUCUGCUGAGAUCUUCCAGUGUCAAUAAAACUGAGACUCCAAAGGAAGAACCACUGGAGAUCAUAAAGCCUGUGCCCAUCAACCAAACGCCUGCACCCGCCACCAGUCUCGCCCCGGGCAGCAGCGCUUACAAUAAGACCGCGCGGCCGUUCGGCGGGGCCGCUAGCACUGUUCGAUCCGUCAGUCCGUCUCCGGCGCCCACCGCACCCAAGGCCUCCAUCCCCUCCGCAUCUUCUGCAUUCACUCCAGCUGCUCCUUCCCAGCAGCCUCCACAACCACCCUUCCCGCUCAGUAGCUCCGCCCACCGCUCGCUGUCCUCACCUAGCUCCGCCCCUAAACCCGCCUCUGGCCGCUCCCCCUUCGCCAACUCUUCUUCCACGUCCUCCUCUGGCUCCUCCUCCCCGGCGAGAGUGACAGCUCCUCCUCCUCCCCCGGCCCCCGCCGCUCCUCAGCCGUCCGUCUAUAACACGCCCAUCAACCUCUACUCCAAUGAGAACGCGUGUGAGGUGGCUAUAGGCCAGAGGCGUGGCCUGAUGGAGAGUAAAGUCACAGGAGAACACCAUAACGGAAAGACUCCUCCCAGAACGGCCCGGAAGCCCGUCCUGGAGCCGGAGCUGAACCACGUCUCUCCUCUCAGCGACUCCAGUAAGAAGCGUCUGAUGGAGGACACGGAGGACUGGCACCCGCGCACCGGCACGUCUCAGUCGCGCUCCUUCAGGAUCCUGGCGCAGAUCACCGGCACAGAGAACGAUCAAGCUCAGGAGAACCGGCCUGGAAAGAACGAGGCCGCAGAGGAGGCUCAGCCCAGCUCUCAUGUCACGUCUUCUGUCAAAACGAUGACCAAAACUCCCGCCGGAGCUCCUCGACAGGGCAACGGCGUCCCUCCACCUGCGGCCAAAAGCUGGCAUUCUGGGAACGCUGCAGGGCUUCCCAAAGCAGGUGCACCUGCGCCGCAGACGGGACGGGUCAGCAGCAGCCUUCCGAAGGGGGCACCCAGUCGCCCCGCGCCUCAAGCUCACCCCAGCGACCAGGACGAUUCGCUGGUGCAGAGAGCCGAGCACAUCCCGGCGGGAACACGGACGCCCAUGUGCGCUCACUGCAACAUGGUCAUCAGGGGUCCGUUCCUGGUGGCCAUGGGCAAAUCGUGGCACAAGGAGGAGUUCAACUGCUCGCACUGCCACAGCACACUGGCAGACGUGGGAUUCGUGGAGGAGCGCGGCUCCGUCUACUGCGAGCGCUGCUACGAGCAGUUUCUGGCCCCGACCUGCUUCCGCUGCCAGCAGAAGGUUCUGGGGGAAGUCAUCAACGCCCUGAAGCAGACCUGGCAUGUGUACUGCUUCCUGUGCGCCUCCUGCCAGCAGCCAAUCCGCAACAACACCUUCCACCUGGAGGACGGACAGCCGUACUGUGAGACGGAUUACUACACCCUCUUCGGCACCGGCUGUCACGGAUGUGACUUUCCCAUCGAAGCGGGCGACAAGUUCCUGGAGGCGCUGGGAUUCACCUGGCACGACACCUGCUUCGUGUGUGCAGUGUGCAGCACGAGUCUAGAGGGUCAGACCUUCUUCUCCAAGAAAGACAAGCCCUUAUGCAAGAAACACGCUCACACGGUCCAGUUCUGAGCGCUCGCGCUGUACGACGGCGUGAAAUCAAAGCAGAACGCCUUUGCUGGUCAUAUCUUACAUUUGCGAGAUUUAUUUUAGUAUGUGAAUGUUUUUGCUAAGAGAUAUAUUGUCUUUGAUUUUCCUCAAAAAAGCAUCAGAAAGACGCACAUUUACAUCAGAGUUUAUAGUUUUAUAAAUGAAUCACACUGCAAAAAAAUGAUGUUCUUCCUCAUUAUUUUUUGUCUUGUUUUCCAGCACAAAUAUAAAUGAGAUUUUUCUGAAAACAACUUAAUAUAAGAAUGUUCAGAUAUUUGUACUGAAUAAGAAAAUCAUGUUUUUUGCAGUGCAGAUGUUUUUGGAGACCAUCAUAAAGCUUGAGAUCAGAUACUGUGUUCAUUUGCAGUAUUUCACCUUCUCUUAAUAAGGUUCUUUAACGUUCAGUGUUGCAUUGUGGGUGUUUUUGUCUGUCACUCGAGUGAGUAUCAUGUGCUGCAGUGUUUUAUUGAGAAAUUUCAGUCGUUAUUUUCAACAUCACAGAAGUUCCACACGUAUUUAAAGAGCUUAUUUUCCCACAUUCUCACAUGAAAUCACUGGUGGAUUGUAGGAUCAGUGGAGGAGUGUUACGGAGCGUUCGGAUUCUCGUCUCCUGCGUCCCGCUGCAGUUUGACCGGCCGCUCCACACAGAGCUCUAUUUAUGCAGGUAUAUUUAUUGAGGCAGGAGGGACGAUGAUUUCUGGGGCUUUCCAGGGGCUUUGCACAUAUUUUACGGCACAGACAGUGUCAGUGCUUUCAGAACGGUGAUAUUUAAUGUUUUAUGUGUUAUUUCUGUGCUCCGUCUAUCUGUGUAAGGUUUGUGGGAUAUCUGAUCGUCUAAGUGCCUUAAUGGGCUCCGAUUGAAACUUUAUUUGUGCUCAAAUGAUGACUAAUAUACUGAAACGUAUUUCAUUUUUCUUAUUUCUCUUUUAUUAUCUUUAGCUCUUGUUUUUAAGCUAAUAUAGGUUGAUGGUUCAGGUGCGUCUUUACUCUUUUUUUUUUUUUUUUUUUGAUGUUGUAGUUUUUCUGUAAUGCAUUAUUAUGUGAUGGGAUGAAUAAUAAAACACUGUUCUUAUCAACGUC